AUGGUGGGGGGCGGCCGGGCCGGUUGCGGGCCUCUUGCCUCUCCGUGGGGUCGGCGGACCACGGCCCCGCGCGGGCUUUUACGGCCGAGACGGCGGCAGUGGCGCGUGUGUAGCGGCGGCGGCGGCAGCGGGCGGGAGCGCGGAGGAGGUGGAAAGAAGGGGGGCGCUGUCACGGAGACUGCGGCCGCCGGAGACCCCGCCGCAGCGAGGCCACUGGGCUCCCCGGUCGCGGAGCGUGAGCGCACCGACCGGGGCGCCAGGGGGACACACCGGGCGAAGGAGGGGGCCUAUCUAUCCUUCCGCAUUUUCCUGGGUCUCUCUCCCGGGCGGUGA